GCGGGCGCGCUCGCCGCCGCGGGGCUCUGGCACCGGCGGAAGGCGGCGCUGCUGCCUCCGCGCGUAGCCCGCCCGGUCCCGACACAAAGACGAAGGCGGCUGUGGCGGCCACGGCUCCUGCGUGCCCGCAGCUCCCCCCCCAACCCCCGCGGCACCACAUGGCGGCAGCGCUGCGGCCGCGCCUGGCGCCGCCCCCGCGGAGUUAGGCCAGUGCGAACCGCGGUUCCCCUGCUGCUCGCUCCUCUCUCGCCUGGCCCGGCCGACCCCAUUUGUCCCCGCCGCCCGCGGGAGGAGCGGAGCGGGGCCCUGCACAGCCCCGCCAUGCUGCCCCCGGGUCGCCGUGCGCUCUGCCGCCCACCGCGCUGCCGCCGUCGCCGCCCGGCAGGGCUGCUGCCCGCGCUCCUGCUCCUGACGGCGCUAGGGGGUGGCGGGGGUGCCGCGCUGCCCCCGGGCUGUAAGUACGACGGUCGUCCCAAGAACGCCGGCAAAGCGGCGGCGGCCGGCGGCCCGGUGGAGGUGAAGGUAGUUUGCAGCAACCUGGAGCUCGCUCAGGUCCUGCCUUCUGAGGCGCUGCCUAACCGGACGGUCACCCUAAUUCUGAGUAACAAUAAAAUAACAGAGCUGAAGAAUGGUUCUUUCACUGGAUUACACCUUCUGGAGAGAUUGGACCUUAAGAACAACCUCAUUAGUACUAUAGAUCCAGGAGCUUUUCUGGGGCUUUCAUCUCUGAAGAGACUAGACUUAACCAAUAACAGAAUAGGCUGCCUGAAUGCAGAUAUAUUUAGAGGACUUGCAAAUCUUAUUAGAUUGAAUCUUUCUGGGAACCUGUUUUCUACACUUACACAGGGAACAUUUGAUCACCUUGGUUCACUAAAGUCUCUAGAAUUUCAGACUGAUUAUCUUCUUUGUGACUGCAACAUACUGUGGAUGCAUCAGUGGUUAAAAGAAAGAAAUAUAACUGUACGUGAAACUAAAUGUGUGUAUCCCAAGUCACUGCAGUCGCAGACAGUGACUGGUGUUAAGCAGGAGCUUCUAACCUGUGAGCCUCCACUGGAGUUACCCUCAUUCUACAUGACUCCGUCUCACCGGCAGGUUGUGUUUGAAGGAGAUAGUCUACCCUUCCAAUGUAUGGCUUCCUAUAUUGAUCAAGACAUGCAAGUCCUGUGGUAUCAGGAUGGAAAGAUAGUGGAAACUAAUGAGUCACAGGGUAUUUUUGUUGAAAAAAACAUGAUCCAUAACUGCUCACUGAUUGCAAGUGCCCUGACAAUCUCAAACAUUCAGGCUGGCUCUACAGGAAACUGGGGUUGCCAUGUACAAACAAGACGUGGGAAUAACACGAGGACAGUAGACAUUGUGGUGUUAGAAAGCUCUGCGCAGUACUGCCCUCCAGAGAGGGUGGUGAACAAUAAAGGAGAUUUCAGGUGGCCUAGAACAUUGGCAGGCAUCACAGCAUACCUGCUGUGUACACGUUACUCUGCUGGCAGUGGGAUAUAUCCUGGCAACUCACAAGAUGAGAGAAGAGCCUGGCGCAGAUGUGACAGGGGAGGGUACUGGGCGGAAGAGGACUACUCCAGGUGCCAGUAUGCAAAUGAUGUGACUCGAGUUCUUUAUAUGUUCAAUCAGAUGCCGCUCAACCUUACUAAUGCAGUGGCAACAGCAAGACAGCUCUUGGCUUACACUGUUGAAGCAGCAAAUUUUUCUGAUAAGAUGGAUGUUAUUUUCGUGGCUGAAAUGAUAGAGAAAUUUGGAAGAUUUGCUGAAAAAUACAAAGAGCUUGGUGACGUGAUGGUGGAUAUAGCAAGUAACAUUAUGUUGGCUGAUGAACGUGUUCUGUGGAUGGCACAAAGGGAAGCCAAGGCCUGCACUAGAAUUGUACAGUGCCUACAGAAAAUUGCCAUGUAUCGGCUCGCAAAUGGAGCUCAAGUUUAUUCUACUUAUUCUCCAAAUAUUGCUCUUGAGGCGUACGUGAUAAAGGUUGCUGGUUUCACUGGGAUGACCUGCACCGUGUUUCAGAAGGUGGCUGCAGCAGACCGGACAGGACUCAGUGAUUAUGGGAGAAGAGAUCCAGAUGGAAAUCUAGAUAAACAACUAAGCUUUAAGUGCAACGUUUCAAAUACGCUGUCGAGUCUGGCAUUAAAGAACACAAUUAUAGAGGCUUCUAUCCAGUUGCCAGCAACCCUUUUCACCCAAAAGCAAAAGAGAGAAAUCAGACCAGCAGAUGAAUCUGUCUACAAACUUCAGCUUAUUGCAUUUCGCAAUGGAAAGCUUUUUCCAGCCACAGGAAAUUCCACACAUCUGGCUGAUGAUGGCAAGCGUCGUACAGUUGUGACACCAGUUAUUCUGGCUAAGAUAGAUGGUUUAAACCUAGCCAGUCACCACGUCCCCAUCAAUGUGACACUGCGGCGCAUUGCGCACGGAGCAGAUGCUGUGGCAGCUCAGUGGGACUUUGAUCUCCUGAACGGACAGGGGGGAUGGAAGUCUGAUGGCUGUCGCAUUCUGCUCUCCGAUGAAAAUAUUACCACCAUUCAGUGCUACUCCCUCAGCAACUAUGCUGUUUUAAUGGACUUGACAGGAGCUGAAUUAUAUACACAGCCAGCUGAUCUUUUGCAUCCAGUAAUUUAUGCCACUGCCAUGGUUUUGCUAAUGUGCCUGCUGAUGAUCAUAGUCAGUUACAUAUACCACCACAGUGUGAUCAGGAUCAGUGUAAAAAGCUGGCAUAUGCUGGUUAACCUGAGCUUUCACAUUUUCCUGACAUGUGUGAUGUUUAUUGGAGGCAUAACUCAGACCAGGAAUGCCAGCAUUUGCCAAGCAGUUGGGAUAAUUCUUCAUUAUUCCACUCUUGCAACAGUGCUGUGGCUGGGAGUGACAUCUCGGAAUAUUUACAAGCAAGUAACCAAAAAGGCAAAAAGAUGUCAAGAUCCUGAUGAGCCACCUCCUCCACCCAGACCAAUGUUGAGGUUCUACCUUAUCGGUGGAGGGAUCCCUGUCAUAGUUUGUGGAAUAACAGCAGCAGCAAACAUCCGAAACUAUGGUAGCAGACCCAACGCUCCUUAUUGCUGGAUGACUUGGGAGCCCAGUUUGGGAGCGUUUUACGGACCAGCCAGCUUCAUCAUUUUCAUAAACUGCAUGUAUUUCCUCAGCAUAUUCAUACAACUGAAACGUCACCCUGAACGCAAGUAUGAGCUUAAGGAACCUGUGGAGGAGCAGCAGCGCCUGGCCACCAGCGAGCAUGGGGAGCUGGCUCAUCAGGAUUCGUUGUCGGUGUCACUGGUUUCCACCUCUGCCUUGGAGAACGAACACAGCUUUCAGGCACAGCUGCUGGGCGUGGGCCUUACUUUGCUUCUGUAUGUCGCUCUGUGGAUCUUUGGAGCCCUGUCGGUUUCCCUCUAUUAUCCUCUGGACUUGAUCUUCAGCUGCUUCUUCGGGGCAACGUGUUUAAGCCUCAGUGCCUUUCUCAUGGUGCACCACUGCAUUAACAGGGAAGAUGUCAGGCACGCAUGGAUAACAACCUGCUGCCCCGGCAGGAGCACCUACUCGGUGCAAGUCAACGUUCAGCCCUCCAGCUCCGGGGGGACCAACGGAGAGGCCCCCAAGUGCACCAACAGCAGCGCGGAAUCUUCGUGCACCAACAAAAGCGCAUCCAGCCUCAAAAACUCUUCUCAAGGUUGCAAACUAACCAACCUGCAAGCGGCAGCAGCUCAGUGCCACCCUACUUCUCUGCCCCUGAACACAGGCCCCCAGCUUGAUAACAGUCUCACUGAGCACUCGGUGGACAACGACAUCAAAAUGCACGUAGCUCCCCUAGAGGUGCAGUUCCGCUCCAACGGCCACCCGAGUCGGCACCAUAAGAACAGAAGCAAGGGACACCGUGCCAGCAGGCUCGCGGUGCUGCGGGAGUACGCGUACGAUGUUCCCACCAGCGUGGAAGGCAGCGUGCAGAACGGCUUGCCCAAGAGCCGCCAGAGCAACAGCGAAGGGCAUUCGAGGAGCCGCAGAGCCUACCUGGCCUACAGGGAGCGCCAGUACAACCAGUCCCAGCAGGACAGCAGCGACGCCUGCAGCACGCUUCCAAAAAGCAGCAGAAAUACCGAGAAAACGAUAGCUGCCAACAACAAAAAAGAGAUUCUAAGGAAACCAAUAGCUGUUGAACUGGAAAACCAACAGAAAUCCUAUGGCUUGAAUUUAGCCAUUCAGAAUGGACCACUUAAAAGCAGUGGACAGGAUGGACCCUUGCUUACUGCAGACAGUACUGGUAAUAUUAGAACUGGGUUAUGGAAACACGAAACUACUGUGUAGCGUGGUGGGACGAAUCCCUCUGAACUGUGAUUACAUAUUCCCUUAAAGCUAGUAACACUUCUAAAGACUGUUUACAAACUCUAGGUACUUCGUGCAGGGAGGGAGCAAAGAUAAUCUGCCAAGCAAACGAUUUGUAUGCAUUAUUAUCUUUGAAAAGCUUGGGAUUGUGUGAAUUUUCCUUUUUUCUUUUGAAGUGUCGGUCUUGAGGGAUGCCAAACCAACCCUACUUUGUACAUUUGUAUUUUUUACCUGUUAUCCUGCAGAUGUGUCCACAGCACAUUUCAAAUUUGUAUUUAAUUGUAUAAUAAAUAGUAUU